AUGACAGUAACUCUGAUACCCAAUCUUGGCGAUAUUGCCCGUGCCGAGUACAAGGCCCUGUUCGAUACAGCCGUAGCUCAAGGGACCCGCGAGCCUCUAGUUCUCCCUUUCUGCGUUCUUGGACCUUUCGUUUUACCAACCAUUUACUUGGCGAUCCCACAUCGAAAUCGGCCUUGGCUUUACCGUGCACGAUGGCUUGUUGUUGCUUACGUCGUUGUAUUCGACCUCAAUUUGGUUCGACGCAUGUCCAGCUACAACGUUGCCCCAGCAUAUGCAGCUGGGCUCAUGGGCAUCUGGGGUAUUUUGGCAACUCUGAAUCUUCUAGUUUGGACCAAUCCCCAGGCCGACCAUGCGAGGAUCGUGAGGAUUCCCAGAAACAAACAGAUGCAGACAUUGUCAAAUGGGUCAUCCAACGAUGACACUGGUACCAACGGUUUAGAUCAAGAGAACGGAUUACGCCAGAGACAAUCCCAUCCCGAAGCUCAUGCCCCGUCAGGAGACAUCGGAACUCGUGCUAAGCAUGCACAUCUCGGAGACACGGUUUGUGUCUGGCAGAAAUAUCCUGAGAAUGGCUCCUUUGUUGAAAGACUCAACUGGACCUUUGACCUGGCGACUAAUUUCAGAGAAAUCGGCUGGAAUUGCUCCAUCGCCUCAGUCUCAAGACCUGAGAUUCCUGACAAUAUUCGUGACGGAGAGCUUGUGUCCUUUGACAACAUGCCCGUCAUGUCUAGAAGCGGUUACUAUCGCAACUUGACUGAAAGGGAAUUCGUAUGGAGACGCAUCCGCACUGUCCUGCUCCUUACUUUCCUCUUGGACUUUUGCUCUGUUGCCAUGGUCAAGGACCCUUACUGUACAUAUGGUCCCGACAAUGACCUUGCACUGCCCCUAUUUCUCCAAAGGUUUCCGCGCGGAGUGUUGUUCAUAUAUCGGGAGCUUCUCUGUCUGGCUGGCGUAUACGCUGCCAUCGAUGCAAUUUUCAGCCUACACGACCUAUUCCAGUACUACAUCUUCAGCUACAUCUACCCCAUGCGUGGCGAGCUAUGGCAGUAUAGCAACAUCUUCGGUCCCAUCUCCCAGGUGCUCGACAGAGGCCUUGCUGGUUGGUGGGGUGCAUUCUGGCAUCAGACUUUCCGCCUCCAGUUUGUCGCGCCCGCAAAGUUCCUGAUCGACCAUGGCCAUCUGCAGAAGAAGACGUUGCUCUCUCAGAUUGUCACUGUGUAUGUGUCUUUCAUCCAGUCGGGGAUGCUUCACGCCGGGGGAAGUAUAUCAUCUAUGCCUACCACCAAACCCUGGAGGGCUCCGCUCUUCUUCUCCCUCCAACCCCCUGGCAUUUUCAUACAACUCUUUUUGCUACAGACCAUUGAUCGAUACUUCCCCAAUACUCCUCGAAAGCUCCGACAGGCAUUUAACGCGGUCUUCACCUUGACAUGGCUGUGCUUGACUGCGUUCUUCUUCACUGAUGAUAUUUCGUCUUCAGGUAUCUGGCUCCUCGAGCCUGUGCCUAUUUCUCCUCUGCGAUAUCUGGGUUUUGGUCACCCAGGCGAUGAUUGGUGGCGAUGGAAGAGGGACAUGUUCCCGAUCUGGCAUUCGGACAAGCACUGGUGGAAGAGUGGUAUACAGCUUUAA